GAGGGUUCCUAUUUCUCCACAUCCUUGCCAACACUUGUUAUUGUCUGUCUUUUUGAUUACAGGUGUUCUAGUGGGUGUGAGGUGGUAUCCAUAAAUUUGUAAACAUACUUCACUAUUGUGGUAAAAUAGAUAUAACAUAAAAUUUACCAUUUUAACCCAUUAGCUUUUAAAAAUGUCUUUUGUACAAUGAAAUCUUUUAAAAGAUAAUUGAAUUAUUUAUGUGUGUGUAUGUAUACUGAAAUAAAAAAUAGCAAAAUAGUAUUUAUAUAGGCAGUCUCCAAAAAAUGAAUGGAUUGUGUCCCAAGAGGUUUUCAUAGGUCAGUAACUUAGAAUUUAUUUUUUUCCCAUUGGAACCAUGCAUUAAACAUGGGCAUGGUACCUCCACCUGAGUCAAUAGCUGAAGUGGAGGGUUCUUUCCUCUUCUGCCUAUUUUGGAGCAAAUUUGGAAACCCUCUGGAGUUGGUAUUAUAGGAGUUCUAAUAUUCCCACUGCAUAUCUUUGCUGGAUAUUCAUUUCACUUUUAACAACUGAUUUAAUCUCCCAUAGAUUAAAUUAAAGAUAAAAGUUUGCCUUGCCAGCAAAACUCUGAAGUAAUGACUUAAGGAUUUUUUUGUGGUGAUAGUUUUGGAGGGCUCCAAUGGCUGAGAUUUCAAAGAAAUCCAUGAAAUUUUGUUUGUUUUUUAAACUAGUAAUUAAAUAUGGUAUUCUUUAGACCAGCAUUGCCCAAUAGAAAUGUUCUGUAACUUCACUGUUCAGUACAGUAGCCACUGGUCACUUGUGGCUUUUGAGCACUUGAAAUGUGGCUAGUGUGACUGAGGAGCCUGAAUUUUUAAUUUUAAUUUAAGUAGCCAUGGCUAGUGGCCACCUUAUUGCAUAGUGUAGCUUUAGACUGAAGUUAUGGUUCUAAAGAUAUCUGAGGAUUUCUGACUUUUUAGAGUAUUUAUGAAUGGACCGAUUUGUGGCCCACUCCUUAGUGGCUGCUGUGGGCCUCAAAAGCCAUCUCUAUAGUCAUAGGCAGUGUAAUGACUUGCGUAUAUAGACCAUUUGUAAAUUUAGUAUUAAUUUUAGAGUGUUUGUACCAAUAGAUAUUUUAUAUGGUCAUUUAAUAAAAGUGCUAGAUACGAGUUUCAUAGGCUGUGCAGUUGUGACUCUUAAAAAAUAUCCUGUAUUCUUGGUAGCAGUAGAUCCUUAAUGCUGAGCAAGAAUUGUCAUGUAUUUAUCUACUUGACAUAUGUAUUACACUAAUUCUAGAAAGAAAUCUGAGUAGUCAGACCUCAGAACUAGGGAAAUUUACUUAAACACAAAAUUCAGUAGAGACUCUUAUAAUAGUAAUUGAGACAUUUAUACCAGUAACAACUUCUAGAGGUAAAGUAAUAUUUUUUCCCCUUUGGACUAAUUGAGCUCAAAUAAUUUGGAAUUGGAAAAAUCAGGAAAGCUUGCUUUUGCCAGUCAAAAUAAAGACAAACGUGAAGAUUGAAUUAGCUCUCUAUAUCCUAAUAUUUUAGGCUUCUAAUGGCUAUUUUUGGCCUUUUUUUUUUUUAAUAAGAAAUAGUUUUUUAAAGAAAUAUUAUUUUAUAAAAUACAGUUUGUGUGUAUGAGAAUCCAGAACACAAAUUUCUGUUUUAGAUAAAGCAAUUCAGAUGUUUUUUAUGUUUAUUGUAACACCUUAAAAAAAAAAAAGCCCAAAGAACAAUAGACAUAUAGCUUGUAAAUUUCUAAAGGCAAGGACUGUGACUUACUCAUCUUUGUUUUUUUCCCUAAAUUUAGCUCAUUACCUUGUGCACAGAAGGCAAAGAGUAAUUUUUUUCAAUGAAUUAAUCUAUGAUGAAACAUAUCAAACUAAUUUUCUGUUCCUUUUCAGUUAAACGUGAUGAGAAACCAGAAAAAUAUAAACUAAAAAAUUUAUUAAACUUAUAUGUUUCCUAUAGUAAUAAUUACAUUUAUUUCUGAAAUGUGAAGAAUAGGUAACGGUUAAAGAUUAAUGUCACUUAGCAUUUCAAAAUUCAAGUUUACUAAAACAGGUACACUAUAGGGUGAUUACUUAUCUAUACAAAGAAUGCCUUUAAAAUAUUAUUUGUAAUUUAAUAAUUCAUAAGAUUUCAAGUAGUAAAUGCUUAAUAAUUCAGCAUGUUAUUUACUAAGUUCGAGUUCAUUCAGAAAUGAACCAGUUAUGGAACAUAUCAAACUAAAAAAAUGAUCUUUUUUGCAGUAGAAAAGAUUAAAUAUGUGUACAUUUAAUUUAAUGAAAUCCAUCCUAAUAGUAGGUAUGUCUCUUUUAUGGGGAGGAAAACAGACCUACUUGCUACCUUAUCAGGAGUCGCAUGGUAAGUUUGCUGGAGAUCAAAAUUAGACCUAAGGAUUUCUGAGGCUCAAGUUUUAUGUUUUCAAUAAUUGGUGGUACUUAAAGUGACUUAUAAAACUGACUGAUGUCAUGUGUUGGUACUUAGGUGAUAAUUUAAAGAAAGUCAACUCUGCAACUUGAUGGACGACGAUAACUCUUUGCAACCAGAAAAUAAUUCAAAAAUGGCAGAACUCUUCAUGGAAUGUGAAGAAGAAGAGCUGGAACCAUGGCAGAAAAGAGUAGAAGAGACUGAGAAUGAAGACGAUGAUGAACUGAUCUUUGUUGGAGAGAUCUCAAGUUCAAAGCCAGCCAUUUCAAAUAUUUUGAACAGAGGUAACUCCAGCAGCUCAUCUUUGAGGUCAGUAAAGAGUGAGUCACUGAGUCCAGGUAUUCCUGAGAUAUUCAGGUCUCCAGGUCAGCCCGUCACGAACCGAACACCAAGUCCAGCGACCUCACCUAAAUCUAAAUCUUCACAGGGUUCUGUUACUGUUGAGAACUCGUCUAAACCUGAUUUAACAACGAAUUCAUCACAAAGUGACUCGGAGAAAUCUUCAGUCUUACUAUUUGACUUUACCCAGGAGCCACGAUUAACACAACAGACCCAAGCAUCUUCUCCAGAAGAUACGGAUCAAAGUUCACCUUCAUUAAAACGUCCUUCUACUUCUGAAGUAAACAGUGUUAAUCCCAAAAUGCCAAAGCCCAGCGAAGGUUUUUCUGACAUAUCUGACAUAAGUACCUCAUCCUCAGUGACAUCUUCCCAGGUUGUGCUAUCACAAGGUACAGAUACCUCACCAAGUCAAAAUACAACUGGAACACCUUGUCCAAAGUGCAAUGUUAUGUUCAGUCUUUUGGAUCCUUUGAAAUAUCACAUGAAGCGUUGUUGUCCAGACAUGAUAAACAACUUUUUGGAAAAUACUAAUUCUGAACUUCCAAAUACAGAAGAUAAAAAAAUGACUGGUUCAGAGAAAGGCAAAUUGAUCAUGUUAGUGAGUGACUUUUAUUAUGGAAGACAUGAAGGAACUGUUGAAGAACAGAAGACUUACACUACCUUUAAGUGCUUCAGUUGCUUGAAAGUUCUUAAAAAUAACAUUAGGUUUAUGAACCACAUGAAACACCAUUUGGAACUUGAAAAGCAGAACAGUGAGAGCUGGGAAAAUCACACCACCUGCCAGCACUGCUACCGUCAGUAUCCUACACCAUUCCAGCUGCAGUGUCACAUUGAAAGUACACACACCCCCCAUGAAUUUUCUACUAUUUGCAAAAUCUGUGAAUUGUCGUUUGAAUCAGAACAUACUCUUUUACAACAUAUGAAGGACACUCAUAAGCCUGGGGAGAUGCCAUAUAUUUGCCAGGUUUGCCAGUAUAGAUCUUCAUCCUUUUCUGAAGUAGAAACUCACUUUAGAACAUCCCAUGAAAACACUAAGAACUUGCUGUGUCCAUUUUGCCUCAAAGUUAGUAAAAUGGCAACACCCUACAUGAAUCAUUACAUGAAGCAUCAGAAAAAAGGAAUACAUCGUUGCACAAAAUGCAGACUACAAUUUUUGACAUGCAAGGAGAAAACUGAUCACAAGAUACAGCAUCGGACAUUUAUAAAGCCUAAAGAACUAGAAGGAUUGCCUCCUGGGACAAAAGUCACUAUUCGAGCUUCACUUGGACCUCUUCAAUCAAAACCAUCAACUACACUUUCAAGUGACACUCCGAGCACUUCGCUUCAGGUCUCACCUCCAAUUUCUAAAACUAAAACUGGUAAAAAUACCACAAAAUCUAAUGCAAGUAAAUCUAAGACAAGUAAACCUCAUGCAACUACAUCCACUGCAAGUAAACCUAAAGCAAGUAAGGCAAGUGGAGUUGGAUCUAAAUUCAAACCACAAGCCUCUUACAAGCUAAAGAAACAGCGCAACAGAAAAAGUAAAAUCAGCACAGCUUUGAAGAACCUAAGGUUUCGUCGGGGAGUUCACAAGUGCAUUGAGUGUCGUUCCAAAAUAAAAGAUUUUGCAAGCCACUUUUCUACAUAUGGCCACUGUAAUUUUUGCAAAUACAACAGUAACUGUAGCAAAGCUUUUGUAAAUCAUAUGAUGAGCUGUCAUAGCAGCAAUCCAAGUAAACGGUUUUGUAUUUUUAAGAAAAAUUCAGGAGCUAUCAGGGGCAUUACUCUAGUGUGCCUUAAAUGUGACUUCCUAACUGAUUCUUCUGGUUUAGAUCUCAUGGCUAAACACUUAAGUCAACGUAAAACUCAUACUUGCCAAGUUAUAAAAGAGAGUGUUUCUGAAAAUACCUCAACUUCUGCACCCACUUCUGACUGCUUGUUGAACUAGAUUCCUCCCGCUCUAUGGAGCUCGUGCAACCUGGUGCAAGACAAGUUGGAAUUUCCUAAGUUCAAAGUUCUGAAGUGUUUUCUUACACAAAGGCAGUUUUCUAAGCUCAAAGUUCUGAAGUGUUUUCUUACACAAAAGCAGUUAAACGACCAAGUUCAUGACACUAGUUCUCAUUACUCAGUUCUUUUCAGCUUUCAGAUGGCACUAGAUUCUUAUUCCACCUUAUCUUUGUGUCAGGUUAACAUAUCUUAACAUCUUUUUUUUUCUCCAGUUGCCUCUCUCCAAAAAUAACUUUUGUUGCUAUGGCCUUUUCUUACUUUGCUUAAAAUAAUUUGUGUUUUUCUCUGCUGUACUUGCCUUUAGAAUAUUACAUUCCAAACGAUAUGGCUGUUCAUCUUCUUUUGUCUGUUUUGUCUGCUUUCUUUGUUAAUUUCUUACAAGUCUUACAUUUUUAGGUCAGAUAGCUGUCUUUUCUCCCAUUCCUUGUCUGUCAUUGUUCUAUUUUUCCUAUUUUUCAGAUGUGGAAGCAACACAGAAAUUUCAAAAAAUAUCCAGGGUACUCCUGGACAGUGUCCCCCUUCGAUGGACACAACUGAUGCCUGUUCUCUCUUUCCAAGAAAUGUGAAUAAUUUGACUGUGAGAUCUCCUCUAGUUUGUGGCCUCAAGAAAUCAUAUCUUGGGGAGAGUACCUUUCUACAUGACUGGCCUCCCGUAAGGCUGGUGCUGAUUUGGCCAGAGAUGACCUCAAAGCCCACCAAAUUGAGCACAUCUCCCCACUGUGGGCUUUGGCUUUUGAUCUUGAGCUUAUGGUUCGAUUCUGACCAAGAAAAGCCCAUCAAAUCAAUGCUUCAACAUCCAAGUUGAAGUUUAAUCAUUUUGGCUGCUGCCCUUUAAUCUUCCUCUAGCAUGCAUGCAGUCCAAGGAAUACUAAAGUUCUGGUUGUGUAGAGACCAAGGUUACUUUCAUGUUCUUACAACAAGUUUCUAAAAUUACAGUUCCAAAGUUAUACUUUUUUGUACUGUCAUUUGAAGUUUUAUCCAGUAUUAACUCUAGGAAUUAAUCAGCAAUAUUAAUAUUCAGAUUUUUUUCUUUUUUUUUUAAUUUAAUUUAAUUUUGGUAACUUGAUUUUAUGUUUUCUCUAAAGUUUUUGAUGUCCAUUUUGUUAUGUAUGUCUACUUUUAUGUUCUUCUUUUGUAAAACUUUUGUUCCGUGCUUGUUUUGUUUUGUUAAGAAUUUCGAGAUUCCUUAGACUCCUACAGAUUUUAUGUAGCUACCUAUAGGGUUGCUAUAAGACAGCACACAACAGCAACAACAUCACCAGUUGGUAGCUUUUUAAUUUGGCAGUUGUUCAGACCAGCAGACAUUAGUACAUCCUCUGUCUGUCUCAGAACUGUCAUUACUAACAUUAUCUUAAUGUUUGUGAGUUCAAAGAUACAAAGAAUUGGUGAAAACUCUUCUUAACAGACCUUAAAACAAGUUUUAAAGUUACACUUCUGUAUAUCUACUACAUAAUAUCUUCUUAGUCAUUAAUGUAGUUCCUUUGGAUAAAGAUAAUAUAUUCAAAAAUAUUGGGACCAAAAAUGCACUUGUUUCUUGCCCAUAUAUAUAUAGAUGUAUAUUUUUUUUAAUUUUGUGUUUGUUUAUUUUGGUUACAUUGAAUAUAGAUUUGCUGAACAGUUUUGAUGUUAUUACUUAUUUUUUUAAUAAAAUUUGAAUUACUCAAGUGCCUUGGUAAUUAUUUUCUAAUAAAUAACUUCUUAUAAAAGCUAUAGAUUUUAUCAUAUAAAUAAGAGAAUUGCUUUACUUGUUUCAUGGAGCCCUAAUUACUUGGCCUGCAGGCUGAGAGCUUUAUCUGCUUAGUGUAUCUUGCACUUUUUCCUCCAGCACAAUGAAAACAUCACUAUACUUUACUGAUUUCUUGAAUUUUAAAGACUAGCAACAUUCCCUUUGUGAUCUUAAUAACCAUGAAGGUAGGCAAAGCUCUGAAGUUAAGACUCAAUUAUAAGUCAUGCUUUACUCUAAAAUCAGAACUUCUUGAAUUAUACUUUGAAACAGAAUUCUCCUUGCAAUUUAUAAUCAAAAGAGAUUAAUCCAUUCGUUUU